ACAGAUCGAUAAUUGCAUGACUACGAUAUGAAGGCGUGGACGAAUAAAAUGGUUUAUUUUGACACCGAAUAUGAUUAUAGUCUCAUUUUUCACGAGUUUGUGGAAUCAUGGUGUAUGUUUUUCAAGAGAAAUCGAGAUGACUUUAUUACUGUAAAUCUUGGAACCGUUUUCUCUCUUGUUUAUUCGCUCUGGAAAUUUAGUAAUCAGUUUUUGUACGAAUCUUUGGCAUUUAUUUAAACAAAUUGACAUUUAUCAGCGACUUGCUUCAAAUUUGAGACAGAAAAUGUCAAAUUAAACUUUUAAAAAAUACAAUAUUUACUUACGUUGAAAGUGAAAGCGUCUGGAAGUGGAAAAGACAGAGAAUUGUGAUUUGAGUGUCUGGAAAUAUUUUUGGAAGCGUUCAACCAACCACUUACCUGCUUCAGAAGAUUUUGAAAAUUGUUUUAAUGAAUUAACGAAAGUGUGAUAUUUUGUCAAAGAAGAAUUAUUAAUUUUUUGACAAUAUUCGGAAACAAACAGCUGUGUAGUAGUGACAGAAAAUAUUGGCAUCUGCAGUGAUUUGUGGAAUCUUUGGAAAUAAUUUAAGAUAUCAGGAUGCCUCGUCCAGGAAGGAACACUUACGAUGAACAGAAACCGCCGUAUUCUUACAUCGCCCUGACAGCAAUGGCCAUACAAGCUUCUGGAGAAAAAAUGUUACCACUGAGCGACAUUUAUAAAUUUAUUAUGGAUAAUUUCCCGUUUUACAGAAAAAAUACUCAAAGAUGGCAGAAUUCGUUACGACAUAACUUAUCGUUUAAUGAUUGUUUUAUCAAAAUUCCCCGCCGUCCGGACCGACCAGGAAAAGGGAGCUACUGGGCUUUACAUCCCAUGUGCGGAGACAUGUUUGAAAACGGAAGCUUUUUACGGAGAAGAAAAAGAUUUAAA